UCAACGUCAAUAUCUAUCAAAUUCAAGCACGUGGAGACGUUAAGGUUUUGUUUUGUGUAUACUUAAAAAAUUACUUACUGAAAAGGACAUAUCUUUUAUGGCAAAUGAUCAGAUUUUUAUAAAAAAUUAAGAAGGGGAUAAAGGAAACUAUAACCAAGAACAUAUUUUACCUUGAACGACGUCAAAUUGUCUAACUCAGACCCUGCAAAUUGUGCCUGCAUAUUAGAAUUCAAAAAUGGGAAAGAAAAGGAAGUUAGCAGCCAAUAAAGAUGACUUUGAAUAUGAUCCUAUUCCUAAACAUUUAGUUACAUCACAUAUAAAAAAGCAAGAAAAGCGUUUAAUUGUAAUAUUAGAGAACGCUCAGCUUGAAACUGUUAAGAAUGGCAACAGUUUUGAACUUCUGAAUUGUGAUGAUCAUGCUGGUAUAUUGCGUAGAAAUGACAGAGAUCCUGGGUCAUGCCGUCCGGACAUCACUCAUCAGUCAUUACUGAUGUUGAUGGACUCACCUUUAAACAGAGCUGGCCUUUUGCAAGUAUAUAUUCACACAGAAAAAAAUGUUCUCAUUGAAAUCAAUCCACAGACUAGGAUACCAAGGACUUUUAAAAGAUUUGCUGGAUUAAUGGUUCAACUUCUUCAUAAAUUUGCGAUAAGAGCAUCUGAUGGACCCAUGAAAUUAUUAAAAGUUAUAAAGAAUCCUAUAACAUCACACUUACCUGUAGGGGUAAGAAAAAUAACAAUGUCAUUCAGCUCCAAAAUGGUACAAACAUGUAGAGACUUGGUACCAAAAGAGGAGCCAAUAGUACUUAUAAUUGGGGCCAUGGCGCAUGGCAAAGUGGAAGUGGAUUAUUCCGAAGAUGUUCUAUCAAUCAGUAAUUAUCCUUUAUCAGCCGCCUUAACAUGUGCAAAACUGUGCACAGCAUUUGAGGAAGUUUGGGGAGUCGUGUAAUAAGUAUAAUUAUAAUAUUAAAGAAUUUAAUUAUAAUUAACAAAUAAAAGAA